CGCAUCGCGAUGGAGAUAGACAUGCGACUUCUCCGUGCAUCGCAAGACGACCUCGGACUUCGAGAUUUCGCCAGUUACGCUGCUGGUGCAAGAUUUAUCAAGGAGCUGACGUCCCGGACCUACGACACUCGAGGAAUCGCAGAAAGACUGUUCGCUUACUCUUCCGCGUCCGGAGAGAAGAGGUUUUCGCCCUCCACGGUCCUGACGCGCAACCUGCAACCCGGCAGUUGCUGGUCCAUGGGCGGCUCAUCUGGGUAUAUCGGGAUCAAGCUCUCGGACCCCGUCCGCGUCAGGAACGUAACAAUUGACCACUUGCCUUCAUCGCUCGACCGCGAUUCUCGUACAGCGCCACGAUCUGUCCUUGUAUGGGCUAUUCUACCUGCCUCUGCAUCGGUAGUGACCGGCAUCGCGACCCGGGUCAAGCAUAUGUUUCCGAUCCGAUCUGCGAUACCCACCGGCUUCAAGGCCGUUCCUAUCGCUGAGCUGGAAUACAAUAUCUUGGAAACGCAGCAUAUUCAGACCUUCCCGGUCGACGACGCCGUGCACUCGCUCAAGAUCGAGGAGGUAGUGUUCCAAGUUUUGACCAACUGGGGCUCGCCUGAUUCGACGUGCUUGUAUUGA